AUGCCGUCGAUAGCUAUGGGCGUGCGCACCGCGCGCUUCUUUGCGUCGUCCAAUUCGUCCAAGGCCACCCUCCUCGCGCGCACAUUCGCGUCGUCGACACGGCGCUUCGAGAUCAACAAGGUGCUGCCGUCGGCCGAGGCGGCGAUCGCGGACAUGAAGUCGGACAGCACGCUCCUGUGCGGCGGAUUCGGGCUGUGCGGCGUGCCCGACACGCUGAUCAACCAGGUGCACAAGACGCCCAGCAUCAAGGGCUUGACGGCCGUGUCGAACAACGCGGGCGUGGUGGGGUCCGGGCUGGGCCUGCUGCUGGAGUCGGGCCAGAUCCGCAAGAUGAUCGCGUCGUACGUGGGCGAGAACAAGGUGUUUGAGUCAAAGUACCUGAAGGGCGAGAUCGAGCUGGAGCUCACGCCGCAGGGCACGCUCGCCGAGCGGUGCCGCGCGGGCGGCCACGGCAUCCCGGCCUUCUUCACGCCCGCCGCCUUCGGCACCGUCGUGCAGACGGGCGAGCUGCCGCUCAAGUUCAACCCGGACGGCACCAUCGCCCAGUACUCGACCCCGCGUGACGUCAAGGUCUUUGACGGCAAGAGCUACGUCAUGGAGGAGGCCAUCCGCGGUGACUACGCCUUCAUCAAGGCGUGGAAGGCCGACAAGCUGGGCAAUGUGCAGUUCCGCUUCGCUGCGCAGAACUUCAACGGCGCCAUGGCCCGCAACGCCAAGACGACCAUCGUCGAGGCCGAGCACAUUGUCGAGGUCGGCGAGAUCGACCCGGCCGCCGUCCACGUGCCCGGCAUCUACGUCAAGCGCGUCAUCCAGAGCACGCAGCCCAAGAACAUCGAAAAGGUCGUUAACGCCAAGGACCCGGCCGACGCCAUGUCCAGCCUGGGCUCGGGCGACGCCGCCAGCAAGCGCGAGCGCAUCGUGCGCCGCGCCGCCAAGGAGUUCAAGAACGGCAUGUACGCCAACCUGGGCAUCGGCAUGCCCAUGCUGGCCCCGUCGUUCGUCGACGAGUCGGUCGAGGUGCAGCUGCAGUCGGAGAACGGCAUCCUCGGCCUCGGGCCCUACCCGGCCAAGGGCGAGGAGGACCCGGAUCUGAUCAACGCCGGCAAGGAGACGGUGACGCUGCGGCCCGGCGCCUCCUGCUUCGGCAGCGACGAGUCGUUCGGCAUGAUCCGCUCCGGCCGCAUCGACCUCACCAUCCUCGGCGCCAUGCAGGUCUCGGCCAAGGGCGACCUCGCCAACUGGAUGCUACCCGGCAAGAUCAAGGGCUUCGGUGGCGCUAUGGACCUUGUGUCCAACCCGCAGAACACGAAGGUCGUCGUUACCAUGGAGCACACGGACAAGAAGGGCCGUCCCAAGAUCCUCAAGCAGUGCGAGUUCCCGCUCACCGGCAGGUCUUGCGUCAGCAGGAUCAUCACUGAUCUUUGCGUCUUCGAUGUCGACUUCACCAACGGUCUGACCCUCGUCGAGCUCGCAGACGGCGUCACCGUCGACGAGGUCAAGUCCAAGACCGAGGCUCCCUUUGCCGUUGCCGACAACAUCAAGCCCAUGCUCUAA